AUGGCCGGGGCGGGCCCGGGGCCGCAAGUGGCGGCGACGGGGCCGAUAGGGGCGGUGAUGGGGCCGCAAGUGGCGGCGACGGGGCCGAUAGGGGCGGCGACGGGGCCGCUAGGGUCGGCGACGGGGCCGCUAGUGUCGGCGACGGGGCCGCUGGCGGUGACGACGGGGCCGCUGGCUGCGGCAUCGAGGCCGAUAGGAGCGGCGACGGGGCCGCUAGGGUCGGCGACGGGGCCGCUGGCGGCGGCGACGGGGCCGCUGGCGGCGGCGACGGGGCCGCUGGCGGCGGUGACGGGGUCGCUGGCGGCGACGACGGGGCCGAUAGGAGCGGCGACGGGGCCGCUAGGGUCGGCGACGGGGCCACUGGCGGCGUCGACGGGGCCGAUAGGGGCGGCGACGGGGCCGCGAAGGGGCCGCGAGGGGCCUGGAAGGGCGACGACGGGCCGCGAAAGGGGCGGCGUCGAGGCCGCGAAGGGGCCGGGAGGGGCCUGGAAGGGCGGCAACGGGGCCCAGUAG